AUGAUGCUUGCGGUUGAACAGAAGGUCCAGGAACUUGUCGCACAUGUUGGCAUCGCCAGAAACUGCUGCUCCCCGGUUCAGCCCAGUGAGAAGAGUCCCUGUAGUUUGAAUGUUGGAGUAUCAGACAGGCAAACACCCAUUGAACGCCAAAGGUACCAGCUCUGGCCCAUCUGGAAGAAGCCAGGGAUGGCAUCUGGACGAUGCACACCAGAUCUGAGCGAUCUGAAGAGCCAGUUUAAGGAGCGUGGAACGCUUUAUCGGCGUCGUAAAAUUAGUGUUCCAGAAUUAGGGCCUAUGACGACCGUCCAGGAAAAGAACAUAGAUUCGCCAACAAUACCAGGUAAAUUUCCUACUCAUGAGCGGUCUAAUAGUGCGCCUGGAGUAUCGUCGAGCCAACCAACGUGUCAAGAUUCUGCCCUUGAUCCAGUUGGCGAGCCACCAAGUUUGUCGAGGAAGACAUUUGGAAAAGUGCUUGGUCCUUCACCCAUGGAAGACGAUAGACAUAAGUCAAUAAAAAGGGCAUCCUCAUUACUGCUUCCUGAUACGCUGGAAACAUAUCAAUUUGCUGUAAACGUGGUUGGAUCUUCCAAAAGUAAUUUGCCCAUUGCAGGUCUGGAAGAAAACAAACUGGAAAAUGACCAGCCACCCGAAGUACCACCAAAGUCGCCUCGGCUUGGUCUCCGAAUCCCAACUACCCAGCCAACGAUCAGUUUUUCUAGUGCCAGCUCAAACUCCUCUGUUACAACGUUGGCUGCUCCAACGAGCAGUACCCCAGCUGAGAAGUGUUCGGCACAGAGCUUCAUAUUUCCCUUACACGACAGGAACGCUGAAACACAGUCGGGAUCAUUUGACUUGGGACUAUCCGCAGUCCCAUCGGGUUCGCCGUCCCCACUGGAAGGUAGAGGCACUCGCAGCCAUUCGAGGAACAGAAGUGUCGCAGUAUGCCAAACGUAUCGCAGCGCGAUCACACCACCGCCCAUGCUGCAAAGGAAGGGUUCAAUGCCGCUAGGUAACAAGCCAGACUUCUCUCAAAAUUCAAUCACGGAGACACCCCCAAGGAAUAAAUCUCCAGUACAGAGUGCCGAGGUACCUAAGCCCAAUAAGGAACCUUCAGACCAUGCAUUCCUGAUCCUACCCGCCGGGAUCCCAGCGCACACUGCCUCGAAAUUGCUUCCACAGGAUGAAAUCGAGAGAGUGAAAAUCCAAGCGUGGGAACAGGCCAAACGUUUUGAGAUACUCAAGUACGCAGAAGUCAGAUCACUUUCUAGGCUACUGAGGUUGGAUAAGGAAUUGCGAGCGCUCGAUAAAAGGUGCGAUUAUCUCCGCAAAACCUACAAGUCUUUGCGAUCCGGGCGUCGAGGGCUGCACACACGAAUGAUCUCGUACCUCAAGUCACCCCGGGUCUCCAAAUUCUCAAGGGAAGGCAUCCUGAAGCAAGAAGAAGCCCUCUCCGAACUUGACCAGUCCAUUGACGAAUGGGCCUACAAGCUGGACCUUGCUGAAAAUAGAAGGAUUCGUAUUCGACAGAAGUUGCUUGAGCACAUGGCCGGCACAAUGACGCUAUGGACCCCACAGUAUGAAGGCGAGGCUCUAGAAGAUGACCUGACACCCUUCCGAAGCCCCCCGAGUCCUCCAAGGGCGGGGACUCCACCAUUUGUUAACCGCCGGGAGGUAGAGUCAAUUAAGAUAUAUGCAGAUGCCGAGUUGCAGGCUCUGUUCGCUAACAUCGAAAAGGAGAUGGAAAAGAUGAUCCACCCUGUACCGUCAACCCCACCGCCAACCACUCUGAUUUCCUAG